AAACGAUUAGAGAAGAUGCCGAGAUACGUGUCAGCCAGCAUAUUAUGUUCGAUGAACGGGUUGUUAUUUGGGAUGGACACAGGGAUUAUCGGACCUGUGACAGAUAUGAAAGACUUCGUGGCACAAUUCGGUGGUAGUCAAUCUGCUACGAUUCAUGGUCUCAUCGUAUCAUCUAUCUUGAUUCCAGCGGCAAUAUCUUCAUUCUUUGCUGGCCUUCUUGCAGAUCGAUUGGGAAGAUCCAAAGGAAUCAGCAUUGGAGUUUUCAUAUUUGGAGUGGGUGCUGCGUUAGAAGCAUCCGCAGUUCAUCUUGCAAUGUUUAUUGUUGGUCGGUGUAUAGAGGGUAUUGGGGAAGGCCUUUUCCUAGGAACCUUGGUCGUAUACAUCUGCGAGAUCUCGCCAACGAGAGUCAGGGGAACAUUCACAACAGGACCUCAACUCCUCAUCACUCUUGGUCUUGUCACCGGAUUCUUCACGUGCUAUGGCAGCUCUGGAAUUCAAUCCUCCAUGUCAUGGCGCACGCCCUUCAUUCUGCUCGCGUCUUUGUCGAUGAUCCUUUCCGCAGCCUCGCUCUUCUUCCUUCCUCCAUCGCCUCGAUGGUUGACUUUGCACGGCCGCGAUGGAGAGGCAGCAGAGGCUUGGGAUUAUCUAGGUGUCAGUCAAGCAGAGCGAGAAAAGGUGGAGAUUGAACUCGAAUUUGGCGACGUUGUCUCCCCAGAAGUGCAAGACAAGGGGCCGAGCGUUACAACUUCCACAGAGCUCCAGACCAAAGCCAAACCCAUACAUACUCUGCUUGAUCUUUUCUCUCGCGACGUUCGCUCGCGUACUAGUCUUGCAGUGUUUAUGAUGGGAAUGCAACAGUUGAGUGGCAUAGACGGUGUGCUAUAUUACGCUCCUCUCCUGUUCCAACAAGCCGGUCUUGCCUCCUCGGAAGCAAGCUUCCUCGCAUCCGGUGUCUCAGCGCUGGUCAUUUUCGGCGUCACAAUCCCCGCAUUGAUCUGGGCCGACCAAUGGGGCCGCCGACACAGCACAAUAUACGGCGGAGUUGCGCUGAGCAUCACAAUGUUUUUGAUUGGAGCUCUUUACGCCUCCGGAUCUGUUCAUGCUUCCUUCGGAGCCGGACGUUGGGUAGUCAUCGUUACCAUCUAUAUCUUCGCCGUGAUCUACGCCUUGACAUGGGGAGUCGGAAUCAAAAUCUAUGCGGCUGAGAUUCAACCCCAACGCACUCGUGCGUCAGCUACUAGUCUGGCGCAUGGCAGUAAUUGGGCUGCGAACUUCCUAGUUGCAUUGACAACUCCAAUCUUGCUGGCGAAAAGCAGCUUUGGGGCAUACUUUCUGUUCGGUGGCUGCUCCAUUUUGACCGCCAUUGUUUGUGCCCUUUUCAUGCCGGAGACGAAGGGCAGAUCACUGGAUGAGAUUGAAGAAGCGUUCAAGCGAAAAUCGCCUCGCAGUAAGAGUAUUGCAGACGGUGUGCUGCGGCCCAUCAUCCAGUGGAAACAUUGA